AUGGUCAAAGCCUUCAAAACAAGUGCAACGAACGUGGUGUGGGGAUACAUGUAGGGAGAGGAACGAAGAGCAGAGACGGUGGGAUCUUUUGGAGGAAGAGGAAUGGUGGGGUCAGGGCGGCCGUUGUUCGUUCUGUUCGGUUCCUCCAUCGUCCAGUUCAGCUUCAGCAACGAGGGAUGGGGGGCUACCCUCGCCGACAUCUACGCACGCAAGGCUGAUAUUUUGCUGCGAGGAUAUUGUGGUUGGAACUCAAGACGUGCUCUCCAAGUGAUUGACAAAAUCUUUCCCAAGGAUGCAGCUGUGCAACCUUCCCUGGUAAUAGUCUACUUUGGUGGCAAUGACUCAAUGGGACCUCAUCCAUCUGGCUUAGGUCCCCAUGUGCCACUUCCAGAAUACAUUGAAAACAUGAAUAGGAUUGCAAAACAUCUUAAGAGUCUAUCUGAAAAGACACGCAUUAUUUUCCUCAGUUGCCCUCCUAUCAAUGAGGAAAUGGUUUGCCAGUUAGAAAGUCCUUUCAUAGGGAAGAUAGAGCGGACAAAUGAGUUGUGCCGAAAAUAUUCUGAAGCUUGUAUACAACUGUGUAACGAUAUGGACCUAAAGGUUAUUGAUCUUUGGACUGCCAUGCAAAAGCGGGAUGACUGGGCUACUGUCUGCUUCACAUGUUGUACUGAUACGAACUCUGUUUCAGUGAUGGCAUUCACUUUUCCUCUGAAGGAAGCAAGAUAGUAGUGGCAGAGAUAUUGAAGGUCCUCAAAGAAGCUGAGUGGGAGCCUUCACUACACUGGAAGUCCUUGCCCACCGAGUUUGCGGAGGAUUCACCUUAUUAUCUUGUAGCUUCUGAUGGACUAUCUACCUUCAACCCUUCUGAGUGGACUUCUCACCGAGAAAUACAAUGGGACUAAAUUGUUCUGUCGGCACUCAACCCAGUUGGCAUUAAUAAGGUUGGUUAUUAUUGGAGUGGUAGAAAGAAUACUAGGCAACCAUUAUUCCCUUUGAGCUGUGCUAAUCUAGUAUGGUUUUUAUUGUACUGCUUGAAUUAAAGAUAUUUGAUGGAUAUGAAUAAUAAUUCUCUGUGCUGAACUGAGCAUUCAUGCAAUAUAACUAACUGCUGUCUGUUUCUUCUCA